GUGACAUCUGGCAACUGAACUUCACCAGGCCAGGUAAAUCAUGGAACGCCAGCAACACGGUGCCAGUUUGCACCUGACCUGUGUUUGGUGAGCAAGUGGAGAUGAAGGCAUUCGUCGUCUUUUUAAGUGUGGCGGCUGUCGUCAGACCGUCUUCAUUUCAUGGGAGCGGUCCUGACGCCGUAGUGGAGAUGGUACCUGGAAGUGACCAGGUUGGAGGUAGACUGGAACUCUUCAGGAAUAAUGCAGGAGUCAUCAUUCAGGGCAGUGUAACGGGCUUGACACCGGGUUACCAUGGUUUCCACGUCCACGCGAAGGGCAGGCUUGGUGACUUUUGCAAGGACGCCGGCGGACACUUCAAUCCCUUCGGUAAGAACCACGGUGCCCCGGAAGACGUCGAGCGUCACGCUGGGGACCUGGGCAACGUGGAAGCUGACUCGUAUGGCGUGGCGUACAUCAACAUUGCUGACUACCACAUCUCCCUCGACCCUUCCUCCCAGACGUUCAUCGGCGGUCUGGCCAUCGUCAUCCACGCCGGCGUCGACGACCUGGGACGUGGCGGUAACCCCGAGAGUCUCAAGACGGGCAACGCUGGUAAACGCUCCGGCUGUGGCAUCAUCCAGGUGGUGGGAGGAUCCUCAUCAGCCUACCUACCACCACAACCAAUCCAAAGACCAUUUCAACCAGUCCAUAGACCACCACAACCAGUCCAUAGAAUACCACAACCAGUCCAUACACCACCACAACCAGCCUUCCAUUACCAACCACAUCAACCAAACUACGGACGCUUCGAGCUUGAAUUCCCGCCCAGAUUCUCUCCCCCAAGGUCCUUCAACCCCUACUACCACUAACCUUCUUGACAAUAAUAACGAUAUGAUAUGGAAAUGAAAUAUAAGUUUUUAUCUCUCAAUCUUUCUACUGUACUAACCACUAAAUAAUUUACUAGCACUAAAAAUGUAUACUGUUGCUCGUCUGUGUGUCUUAUACCAGGACUCACCAAUUUCUGGGCAUGGUGCUAGACCCGGAUUCGAAACAAGCCUGACUCAGCCUAACAUACGGUAACCUAAUUCCUUCCCUAACCAACAGUCUAAACAAACCUACCCUCAUUUACCUGCCUUUUACUUCACCUAACUUAACCGUAUCUACGGUUUUAUGAAGAAAAUCUGGGUCUGGUUCCGUACCUGGAUUCGGGGAUCAGUUUACCCUUGUUAAGUUAAUGAAAAAUUCCCAAUGGAAAUUAUUAUCUGGGGAAUAACUUGUUGUUCGUUAACACAAUGUAAAAUAUAAUGCCAACGACUGUCAACCAUGGUGCAAUUCCCGCAAAGUUGAGAUUUUAUUUAUUGUAUAAUCUAAAAUAGAAAAAAAUAACUAUAAAC